AUGUACUCUACCGCCAUCUCUGAAGCGAUAUCUGAAAAAGUGGUGCAAAAUGAUUCAUUACCUCCAGUCUAUAAACAUGGGUGUGUGAUUCUAGCUAAUCAAAAGAUUUAUUGUUAUGGAGGUGCUAAUCGACAGGGUACUGCUAAUAGUUCGGAUGCAACCUAUUCAUGGUUCGAUAGUGAAAUUUACAAUCAUCAUGUCUAUCUUGAUGUUUCCAGACCACUGAAUGUAUCUGCUGCUAAUACACAAUGGCAACCUGUCCCUCCACCCAGUUAUGAUUUUCAACUGGAACCACGCUGUGAUUUUGCCAUGGUCAAUCAUAAUGGUACUUCCUAUACUAUCGUUGGCGGUUCUACUUCCACCAAUCAUGGUGAUCAAAGUCUUGUCAAUAUCACUGUGGUCUACGUAGCAGAUUUCAAUUUUUGGGAAACCAUAAUCGAACCCGAGGACGCUUCAUAUCCCACAUUUAACGACUCUUUGGCUACUCGAAUGUUUGGUGUUCGUGGUGUGAAAAUCAGUAAUUCAGAAUAUAUGAUCGCUGGCGGUAUUCCUCCUAAUAAUAAUACUGUCAUUCAACCAUACACCAACUAUAUCGAUGUCCAGUCAAAUGAUUCCAAUUGGGAAAAUUCGACAUCUUACGAUGUUCCUAUUAUAAAUGGAAAUAUGGUGAAUCCAGAACCUUCACGUAUUUUUCGUACUGCUUUAGCUACAAGUCUCAAUGGCUUUGUCUAUUUCUUUGGUGGGGUCCGACCUAAGAAUGCCGCACAGAACUACGACUAUAUGGAUAAAUACCUGGAUUAUUAUACUUUUGACACCUUGGUUAUUUUUUGUCCUUCCCAAAACCAAACAUUCAAUCUUGUCAAGCCUAAUGAUGGCCCCAAUGUCCCGAGUCCUCGACAGCUCCAUACCGUGACUAGUAUUCCAAAUACAAGCAAGAUGCUUCUUUAUGGCGGUGUCAAUGGUGGUGGUGCAGGCCAAAUUUGGAGUAUUGCCAAUUUUACCAAUGGUGAUGGUGCUGGACGUCGGUAUGGUCAUCAAGCGGUGAUGGUGGGCAAUGAAUUGCUCUAUAUUAUUGGAGGUAUCGAUAUCACCAACACUGUUCAAAACGAUGUACAUAUCUUGAAUGUCACCAGUUUGACAUGGUUGAAUGGAUCCUACACUAAUACCUACGAUCAAACGAAUAGUGGCUCUUCAUCAAGCGACAACAAUGGAACUGGAUCAUCAUCUCUUAGUGAAGGCGCUAUUGCUGGUAUUGUUAUUGGUUGUGUCGCUGCUGUGACUUUAGGGACCGUAUCCGCUGUGAUUUUUUAUAUGCAAGGACGCAACAAGAAAAAACUAUUAUCUUCUAGUGCUAUCGCUACUGAUUUUAUUCCUCCUACUACGAAGUCGUCAGUGAUGGCAAAUACUCCUGGAUCCGUUGGCGGUUCCACUAUGCUUCAUUCACCAAAUCCUCCUGCUGAUGGUAGACAUGAUCAAGCUCCUUCUCUCACUACUGGAAAACCAAACAUGAAUUAG